AGAGAACGAAGCCGAGAGAAGAGGCACAAUCUCCAAAGCCAUAAAGUUUUAGCGUGUCUCUUUUAGAAGAUUUUUCCAUGUCAUCUGUACUUACACUUCUCAAGUUCUCACCGUCAGAAUUCCUUAUAGUCCUUGCUGAAGUUACAGAGUAUUUCAUCUAAUUUUUUCCAUGAUCCUCAUACUCAUAAAACUAAUGUACUCGUUCGCCUAAUGAACAAGAAGCUUUCAGCACUUUUCUACUUGCGUGAUACUUAAGACUAAGAAUUUAGAAUAUUCCCAAAUUGAUCAACAAGGCAGAGGCACUCAAAAGCUAGAAGGUCGCUCAUAGAUCGACGCACUAUGAACCUAUUGCCGUUAUGCACUAUGACUAUGACCUUCCACAACGAUUUUCAGAAAUUGAAAGAAGGGCUGCGCAGUUGGUUCUGAUAAUAGUUACACUUAUCAAUCAUAGUACCACUGAAAGUCAAAGUGGCCACACUUCUGACUGUUCUUUGUCAUCAUUAUGGUAAUAAAUAGUACAACUAGAAGGAAUUAGCACUAGUUAUUUAUCAUUUGUCUCUACGAUGGUCGCGAGGGUCCAUAUAAUCAGGGUCACACGCGGCCACGUGACGUUAAUACUUAUCAUAGUAGUGCCACAUCUUAGAAGUAGUUGCUACACUUGUUUAUCAUUGAAGUAGUUGCUCUAGUGGCCUAAGCCUUUGGCAAUAAUGCUGCGGUCCUUUAUCUGAUACUUCAACAAAAAUCGAGAUGUGCUGGUAAUAUAUGAAGAGUGUAGUUACUCUCGUAAUAAUAGUCACAUGAUCAUGAUGAAGAGCAUGAUGAUAGCAGCUGCGUGUCCUGUAUCAAAAAUCAAUCCCAUGCGGUCUGCAAUCUGAUGUCGUGUGCCAAAGUCUGUCUACUCCCCAGUUGUAUGUUUGUAGCUGAUCGCACAAGGCUAGUUAAGAACCAGUAUUAAGCUGUU